AUGCAUUAAAGUCCUGAAUAAAAAAACAUAAAAACUAAUUCGAAAUGUUAAAUUAGUUUUGAUUGUACAGAACAAGAUUAAGUCGAAAAUUUUCCUAUAUUAUAAUUAAAUGAAGAUUUUUAAUAAAAAACCUAAAAUUAAAAAAUACUUAAAAAAACUGAAGAUAAAAAAGUUCUUAUAAUAAACACUAUAAUAAACUAAAAACAAAAUGAUUUAUAUUAUAAAAUGCGAGAAAUAUUUUAUUUUUGUGAUUUAAAUUAUACUUUUUAAAAUAAUUAAAAUGAUUUUUUAAUAACUCCAAAAAGUGAAUACAAUCGCCGAAUAUAUUAUAAGAUUUUGCAAAUGUAAAGAAAAUUCGAAAAAACAUUUUUUGAUAAAAAACUUAUUGAAAAAUUGAUAAACAUACUUGAAGAAAAUUACCUAAAAUAUGACGCUUUUAUAAUUAUUCACGAUACAAAUUCCAUGACAUAUACAGGCAAUUUUAUUUCCUUUGCAUUCGAGAAUUUACGUAAACCAAUAAUUUUAACAGGCUCUUAAGUUCCUUUAAAUAUAAUGAGAAACGAUUAAUUUAAUAAUCUUUUAGGAGCACUUACUAUUGCAGGGCAUUUUUUUAUUCCUGAGGUACUUAUUUACUUUAAUAAUAAAUUAUUUAGGGCAAAUAGGUGCACUAAAGUAGAUUCUUAGGGUUUAGAUAGUUAUUCUUCACCUAAUUAUUGUCCUAUUGCGUAGUUAAAAAUUCAUAUAGAAGUAAAUUGGAAUGCUAUUCUUAAAAUAGAAGGUGAUGAUGAGCUUGUCGUUUAUAAAAAUAUUACAAAAUAAAAUAUUGAGUGUCUAUAAUUAACACCUUUAUUCGAUAAUAAGAUGCUUAAAAGAAUAAUAGAUUUAAAUUAGGCCAAAGGAAUUAUUAUUGAAGGAUAUGGGCCGGGAAAUAUACCUAUUCAUGAUUAAGAAUUUCUUGAUAUUAUUGAAUAAGCUUAUGAGAAAAAUAUUAUUAUUUUAAUAAUUUUUUAAAGCUUUUCUUCAUACUAUAGUAUUCAUAAUUCUGAUAUAUAUGAUAAAUAUAAACUUUUUUAUGGAGGAGAUAUGACUUUUGAAGCAUCUUUAGCUAAAUUAGCUUAUUUAUUAACUAAAUAAUAUAAUAAAGAUAUAAUAAAAGCUUAAUUCCAAAAAAGCUUAAGAGGAGAAAUUAGUGUAAAUAAAAAUGAACUAAAAUUUGAAAUAAAUAAUGCAAAUUUAAUAUCAUCUAUUACUGAGAAUAUUAAUAACUAUAAUAAUCCAUAAUUUAAAACUAUUAAAAGUAUUAUCUUACCCGGAAUAGCUUGUUAUAUGGCUUAAUAUGGUUUGAUGUACCAUUUGUACUAAAUGAAAUAACAAAACAUUAAUUUUCGAUUUUAUGAUUAUUAUAAAAGAACUGCUUUACAUAUAUCAGCAAGAGAAUAGAAAGAAGAAGUUGUAAAAUUCUUGAUUAAAGAAAAUAUAGAUAUUAAUAUGUAGGAUGAAGCCGGAUAUUCAGCAUUAUAUGAAGCUAUUUUAACAAAAAAUAAAAGAAUUGUAAAUUUUUUGGUUUAAAAUAAAGGUGAAAUUAAAGCUGAUAAAAAUUAAUUAACUAAUGUAUUAUUUGAAAGUGUUAUUAAUGAUGAUUUGGAAAUGAUCAAGUUAUUUUUUCAUUCAGGACUUAAGAAUUUAAAUAUAUAUACAAAUGUUGAUAAUAGAAAUAUUGCUCAUAUAGCAGCUUGUGAAAAUAAAUGGGAAAUUAUAAAAUUUUUAAAAUAUGUAGUACAUUUUGAUUUUUCAUAAAAAGAUGUUUUUAAUAGAACACCUUUAGAUGAUGCAAUUUAUUUUUAAAAUACAAAUAUAAUUAAUUAAUUAAAAAAUAUUGCUUAAUGA